AGAGAGAGAGACGAGAGGAAGGGGGAGAGCGAGAGAGAAGAGUAGGGAGAGGGAGAGAGAAAGAGUAGAGCACCUCAGUCUGCUGCAGGGAGAGACCAUGGGGGCUCUGACAGGGCUUCUCUCUGCACUAGUCGCUCUGCUAUGGACCCUCCCUCCAGGGUCAUUGGGUGAGGAAUGCAGUCGUUUCAGACACAUGGAGAACGGUAGAACAUUCUUCCGUUACAGUGGGUUGUAUGUGGCGUUCACCUGUAACCCUGGCUAUAAGAUCCAUGGAUAUAGAACCAACAGCUGUGUGUCUGGACAGUGGACCAGGGAACCUCCUGUGUGUGUUGCCUCUGGGUGUCCCAGCCCAGGGGAUCUCCUGCAGGGGGUUACCAGUGUGACAGAGGACGGGUCCUGGGCUCUCUUCAGCUGUGAUGCUGGCUACAGGCUCUAUGGACACUCACUGCUCUACUGCAAGGGCCAGAACUGGAACGGCACCAAGCCUGUCUGCAAGGAGUCUAGUCUGAUGAUGUCUCCUGAGUCUGAUAUGAUGUCUCCUGGUCCUCCUCUGUUCCUCUUCCCUCCUGAGAGUCUUGGAUAUGAUGUCUCCUGGUCCUCCUCUGUGCCUCUCCCUCCUAGAAGUCUGAUGAGUCUCCUGGUCCUCCUCUGUGCCUCUCCCCUCCUAGAGUCUGAUGGUCGUCUCCUGAGUCUGAUGAUGUCUCUGUCCUCCUCUGUGCCUCUCCCCUCCUAG